AUGAUAAGAGUGAUUUAUGUAUAUGUAGGUUUUUUAAAUUCUCUAACGAGCACGGCGAAGAUCGCCGACUGUCCAGGAGUAUGUGUGCACACGUUGGCGACGAUAAUGUGUGACGACGUCCUCGAGGACGUGCCGUGUCCCACGAUAAGUAUGCGAUGCUGUCUGCAGGAUCCGAUAAAUGAUACCAGUUCGUCUGAAAACGCAAUUGACAAUGAGGAGCCGUCAACUUCGACCGUGUCUACGACGAUCGUCAAGACCACGACGAUUUCUACGACACCUGCGACAACUACAACGCUCAGCACAUCGACUUCCUUCACUUCGACAAAAACUACACCGGAAAGCUACAACGAGACAAGUGAAAAGUCAUCAAUUAAAGCUUGUUCGGGCAUUUGCAUGGCCGAAAGAAUCGCUGAUUAUUGCGAUGCCGUGCUGGUAAUAGACACCCUAUGCAAGCCUGGCUACAAGUGUUGCGUAUCCAGAGAUGCCUUCGGGGAGUCUCCACCACCUGAACUCCUGGUAAUCGACCGCCUGAACUCUUCUCGUACCGAGGAGAAGAACAGCGGAGCUGACAGCAAGGUCCCGUCCCCAUUGACGACAACGCGACCAAACACAUCAUUAUCUACGAGCGUUUCUGCAAUUGCCUCGACGACAACAACGACGAUGACAACAACUGCUACUAGACAACCAUCGACAGCAGCAACAACAACAAAACCGAAGCCAGUAUCAUUCAAGCCAUGCAAAGGAAGAUGCACGAGUGGUCUAUCCGCUCUUUUCUGCGAGAACGUCGAUGCAUAUGCGGAUUGUCCUCCCGAUGAUUCCGUAUUGACGGUUUGCUGCAUCAGUGAACCGCAAAAAGCGGAAACGACAACGACGAUUCAGCCCUCCACGAAAGCUCCUCAACUAAAGCUACCAACGUGCCCUGGUUUUUGUCUAUUAACCCUUAUGGCAGCCUUCUGUGAGCGACCAAAUGUAAUCAUAACGAAAACGUCAACUUGUCAAUCCAGUUACAUCUGUUGCGAUAAUACAAAAAGUCCGCCGCAGACUUCGAGACCAAGACCGAGACCUACUCCACGACCGCCGACAACGAUAUCAUUACCACCGGACCCACGUUCGGACUGUCCUGGUUCCUGCAUCGUAUCUUACUUGUCAUUUACCUGUUUCAGAAAUGCUGAGCUGACGAAUCUGUUCAAGUGUAAGAAACAGGGACACCAGUGCUGUGCACCGAAAUCUCUGAUAAGGGAAUUCCAUGGUGGAAAUUCUACGGAGCCGGUUCUAACCAACAGGAACGACACGUUCCACGUUACUUAUACCACCCCACUCACUACGUCGUAUGAGACGACGACGAUUACCACUACCACUAGAAGUCCAGUAUACAGUAAAUAUGUUUGCGGCGUGAAAGGGACCUCACGCGGUCCGAUUCAGGCACGAAACUCCGAAAGAGUCGCGCGCGUUGUAGGUGGUGAAGACGCAGAUGCCAACGAAUGGUGUUGGCAGGUCGCCUUGAUAAACUCCCUCAACCAAUACCUGUGUGGAGGUGCGCUGAUAGGAACGCAAUGGGUUCUUACUGCGGCGCAUUGUGUCACAAAUAUCGUAAGGACCGGCGACGCAAUCUACGUAAGGGUGGGCGAUCAUGAUCUCACUCGUAAAUACGGAAGCCCCGGUGCUCAGACUUUGCGCGUCGCAACGACAUACAUCCACCACAAUCACAAUAGCCAGACACUCGAUAAUGAUAUCGCUUUACUGAAGCUUCAUGGUCAAGCGGAACUAAAGGACGGAGUUUGUCUGGUUUGUUUGCCCGCGCGGGGUGUUAGUCACACAGCUGGAAAAAGAUGUACAGUUACAGGUUACGGAUACAUGGGAGAAGCCGGUCCUAUACCUCUUCGGGUACGUGAAGCAGAAAUACCGAUCGUCAGCGAUGCCGAAUGCAUAAGGAAAGUGAACGCCGUGACAGAGAAGAUCUUUAUUCUACCAGCAAGCAGUUUCUGCGCUGGUGGCGAACAGGGAAAUGACGCGUGUCAGGGCGACGGUGGAGGUCCUCUGGUAUGUCAAGAUGACGGUUUUUAUGAAUUGGCCGGACUAGUGUCUUGGGGAUUCGGUUGCGGUCGCCAAAAUGUACCGGGUGUGUAUGUAAAAGUCUCCUCGUAUAUCGGUUGGAUAAAUCAGAUCAUAUCGGUGAAUAACCUCUAGUUCUUAUCUCUUAGAUAUGACGAUCGAAUACGUCUAAGCUACAUACGUUUAUUUAUU